GUAUUGUCGUCGUCUAUAGCACUUGAUCAUUCGUGGCUUGGACUCGACCACCGGAGGAUUGCGUCAUUGAAGUUCAUCGUCACAAGUGACGUGAAACACGUUGAUCGAAAUGUCGCGGCUUACUGGAGCGUUUUUGUUGCUGUGCCUGCACGCAGGAUUUGCUUAUGGGAUGGAUUGCAGUUUGGGAAGAAGCUCAAACUUCUUGGAGAAGGUGGUAAACACAUGCCCGGGGAUCUUAGAUAGUAGAUCCAAGUCUUACUGCUGCUACGAUAUACCUAAUGACACGGCCUAUUGUUGCGACGCCGAAGAGUUUGCGUUGAAAACUGGACUUGGUAUCAUCGUGCCUGCGAUAAUCACAGCAGGUAUAGUUAUCACACUGAUAGUUUGCUGCAUAUCCUGUCUCUGCUGCAGCUGCUGUCCGUGGUACCGCCGGCGUCAUCGAGGCACCGUCUAUGGAAAAGUUCAAGCACCUAAUGUUGUACAUGUAGUUCAAACUCCGGCGAAUUUACCACCGAGUUACACCAGUCAAGGAGAUCAAGUACAGAAUCACUACGUGCCAUAUCCAACGAACCCGGCAGGUUUUCCACAACAUCCACCGCCGCAAUAUAAUGAAGCGUACGCUAAACAGGCUCCUUACAAUCCCGCGUAUCCUCCACAGUGAUCUUCCUAAUUUUAUAAUGAUGUAUAUGGAAAUAUUAUGGACGAUAUAUUUGCAAGGUUCCUUCCUUUUAUCCGUUCAAGGAUGUGAUCUUCACCGUCAAGGCUUGAACGCAUCCUAUCAUAUUAAGAAGACGUUGUGUUCAUCCACCAUUGUAUGUCAAAAUGCAACCAUGUGCAUGUUUUCCAAAUCUCCGUGUCAGGCCACAAAUAUUAUCUCGUACAAAUUCUUAUCGCUUAGAAAAUACAGAAUUGCAGACUUGCUCUACUACUCGGCGAUAGUAUUUGACGAUACUUUUUUUAUUUUAUUACACGUUUACAUGUAUUUGUUAAAUAUAUACUCUUUGCUAUUUCGAAAAAUAUUCUAUAAGUUUUUCUAUAAGUUUCGCGAAGUGGCAGAGCAAAAUCAGACGUGACAUAUUCUCGUCAAGAGAGGAGUUUGAUGUGAGAAAGAGAGAAAGAAGCAAGAGAGAGAGAGACAGAGAGAGAGAGAAACUUUGAAAAGAGAGGAAAGGCGAACAUAUUAUUGAACUAUUAUCACUUGUACAGUACUGAAAUGUAUCAUUGUUGAAUUGCAACAAAAGUUGGUCAACUGGAAUCAUGUACACAACAAGAAGUUAAAAUACUCUCGACAAAAAUCUAUUGACUACUGUAAAUAAAAUAAAAAGUACAGACUACAUAUA